AUGUUUACUCAACUAGAAGGGGGAUAUAUUGGUGUUAUCCAAAAAUAUCCAUACGUUGAUGGAGAUGAUCGGCUAUGGUUAAGACUAGGAAAAGAGUAUACUAUCAGUAAAGAGAAAUCAUCAAAUGUUAUUGUGAAUAUAAAAUCAAAAUGGGAACUUAUUGCCUUCAGCCAAAAUGCUAUUAUUUCUGGUAAUGGAUUAGUUAUAGUUAAUGGAAAAGAAUAUAAUGGAUUAGCUGAAUUAAAUGAUAAUGACGUAUUCAAAUUAGAAGACAUUUCUUUUCAAUUCUCAAUGAAAGUUCAUUCAUUAACUGUUCCACAGAUUCAAUAUCCUGAUUUAUUAUUAUUUGAAUUACAAAGAAAGUAUCCUUCUGAAACUUGGCUUGAACAAAUUAACCCAAACGAUUUAUUAAAUUCAAUAAAUAAUAAUAUACCAAAGUUAUCAACUCAAUCAACUCAAAUCAUUCAACAUCUUUUAAAUGAUAUUUUUAUCACUCAUAUUGAUUAUAAUCAACUUAAACAAUUAAAAGAUGAUUAUGAAAUUCAAAAAAUAAAGAAAAUAGAUUCUUUUACUUUACUUAAUCCUAUCCAUUCUGAUUCUGAACAUCAACAAUCUGAAAAACUUCUAUCAGUUUCAGAAAUAAACCAAUUACAGGCAAAUCCUCUUUCAUCUGAUUCAUCAAAAUCAAAAGAAACAACUAAAUCUUUCUUUCAAAAAAAACCAAAACAUUCUAAAAACCUUAAACACCAUCAUAAGGAUAAGAAAAUUCAAUUUAACCCUAUUUUUAAAUCUUCUCCAAAGCAUUUCUCUCAAUUAUCUUCUUCAACAUCUAGUUCUAUUUCAAAACCAAUAGAAAUACAAUCAGAUUCUAAAGAAAAAAAUGAUCCUGAAUUACCUAAACCUCGGAAGUUAGUUCGUAGUUUUGAAUUAUCAAAAAGGGUUAUUGAACAAAAUGAAAUCCCUCAACUCCAAACUCCAUUUGAAGAAGAUGAUAUUGAUCUCUCUGCUGUAUUACAAUUGCUUGACUCUGGUUCUCAAAAACAACCAGAGAAGUAG